AUGAAUAUGUCUGAAAGGAAGUCGUCCUUGAGGUACUCCUCAAAAAAUAGUUUUUCUUACGAGAAGGAGGUAUCCUCUACAACCCUCCAAAUAACAAAAAAUCGGGAUGAGAUAAUAAAGAACAAGGUGUACUGUCCGAUCGAGUUGAAAAAUGUGUAUAAGCUACUGGAGGAUAGCGACCAGCUGCUGAGCAAUAAAAACCUUAACUUGGAGUACCUUCUCGAACAUAACAGCAAAGUAAACGAAUUCCUUUCCCUCUGUGAAGGGUACAAAGUCAACCUGAACAACCAGAGCAAGCCGGAACUGAAAAAAACGUACAACUCGAUAGAGAAGAAUAUGCACUACCUAAAUAAACACAUCGAAACGGCUAAGAAGGAUAACAUUAUUUUAAAAAAAAAAUUGAAAAAGUCAACGGAUCCUCUGUUCAUUUCUACACUGGAGCAAAAGUACAAGCAAGUUUGUCUAGACAUAGAAAAUAGGAAGAAGGAAAUAAAAUUUUUAAAAGACAGCAUACGGAAAAAUGAAAAACUAUUGGAUUCAAAUAAAAGGAAACCGAACAAGAUUGCCUUGGAGAAGGAAUACAAGAAUUUGCUCAGUCAACAGUCGACACUCUGCUCUCGGCUGAUCCAGCUACAGAAUGGAAACCGUCUCUACGAGGAAAAUAUUUGCAAAAUAGACGCCCAGCUGGACGAAAUAAAAAAAAAAAUGAACGAACUUAACAUAGACACGAAGAGGGAAGACGAUGUCCUUCUCAGCAUUGAAAAUGAUGCAUCCAAGGAGAACCUCGAGCGACGCAUUUUCAACCUAAACACAAAGAGGGACGAAUUGAAGAAAGAAAAAAAUAGCUACAUCAGCAGUUUAAACAAUACGUUGGCAAAAUUAAAAAAACAAAUCUCCAAUUUAGAGGAAGAAAAAAGGAACUUGCUUAAUGAGGAGAAGAAUAAUCUUGACAAGCACAGUAUUCUGAAGAGGGCGUUAAACAUUAAAGUAUUGAAAAACAACAGAAGUGAAGGGAAAGGGAAAGCCACUUUUUCAAGAAGGAAUGUCACGGAGAAGGGCGCAUACACCCAUAAACGGACGACGGAUGUGUACCCCGAAAAGAGAGAAGAGGAAACUACUUGGGUAAAUAACGUCCAAAUUGAGGAGAAACAUUUUAUAGAACAGUUACUGGAAGAUGGAAAUGGACAUGAAAUUUCCCAUGAGGAUGUUGUCCCCACGGCACUGCCGGAACGGACGAAAGAAGACAUGUGUGAGGAGGACCACCUCUCUGUUCCAACCCAAUCGAAGACCUUUACCCAAGGAAACAAACACACCGACUCGCAGAAAGCAAAAAGGAAGAAAAAAAAAAUAUUCAUCCCAGAGUUUGAAAAUGACAUACUUAUGAAGCUUGAAAAGCAGGUCACCGAGAAACUCAGUCGCAGUGAGGAGGUGACUGAGGGGGUGAAUGAAGUGAAUGAGGAGGUGACGAAAGAAGUGAAUGACGAGAUGAAUGACGCUAAGGACAAAGUGGAAGACAACAAGGAGGGAGAACAUGCCACAGAAGUGACCACAGAAGAAGCAACCAACAAUGCAACAGAGGUGACCACAGAAGAGGUAACCCAAAACGCCGCAGAGGUAACAACCGAACAGGAUGAUAACCCCCCUCUAGAAAGCAGCUACACGAAGGACUUAAAAAAAUGGAGAGUCACGCUGGACGAGGACAUGCGUAGUGAAGUGGAGGAGGUGGUGGAAAAAUACAGAGGGGUGCAGGCAGGGCAGGAAGAAGAAUCGGUACAGGAAGUGGAAGACGAGCAGGACGGAGCAGAGGAUAUGCAAGAAAAUGUGGAAGAGACACAGGAAGAAGUAGAAAGUGUGCAAGGAGAAGUGGAAGACACACAAGAAGAAGCAGAUGUGCAGGAGGAAGAAGUGGAAGGUGUCCAGCAGGAAGAAGUAGAAGAUGCGCUGGAGGAAAGCACAACUGGAGAGGCACAAAACGCUGUUGACGAUGACGACGCAUGUGACAGCCUCCAUGAUGAUCUGAAGGACGAAUUGGGUGAUGACCCUUCAGAAGUGCACGAACCGGUCAGGGAACCUCCAGAAAGUGAAUCCCCCUCCCCGCUGCAAGAGCAGAGCGACGGUGAAAUAAGCGAAGCGAGUAUAGAAAUGCAAAAGGAAAAGGAACAGUUGGAGAGUGUCAUGUGGAACGAAACGGAAAAAUCAGACGAUGCUAAUAAAGAAGUGCAGCCUGAGGAUGACACAACUGGUGGACCGGAAAAACGGGACGACGCUCAGUCAUAUCUAGGGGAAAUAGGUGAGGAAAAAAGCGAAUUACACGAGAUGGACAGGAUAAAUAGUGGUGAGCAGAAAGAGAAAAUCCCACAAAGCGGAGGAGCCGUGGAUUCAAACGAGGUGGACGUGAAUGACCUGGAGGAGGGGGAUGAGCCCCUCGAUGAGGUUGACUCCCCCGCAGACGAUUAA